UCAUCAUCUACUGCCCUCAUUUUGGGAAUGCCAUCUACCAUGGCUGAUGAGCAAACCCCGUCCCUUGUUGGACAGCUUCUUCGAGCGGUUGGUGGUUGGACCACACCUAGUGGUAAAGGGUUGUUUAUGUUUCGCAUGAUGACUUUUGGGGCAUCUUGUGCAGGCAUCUGCGGUGUCUCGGCAGCAUUCCUAUCCUCAGUGUUCUACGGUCCCAUCGGCAGCAUCGCAUUCGCUAUAGGUUCAUCGAUCGGAUGGAUUGCUGCGGCGAUAUACGGCUGGCGUACAUCUGUAGCACAUUCAUUAAUUGCCUACGAUCAAUACCCUAAGCUGAUGCUGAUCCAUAUGACACGGAGUUUUAGACUUAUGGGACUCGAGCGUGUCAAAUUGGAUUCUCCGGAGGAUGUUGCAAAUUUCAGAUACAGGCUGGUCAAUGAUCUCAGAUACAAGAGUAUGCUGGUCGGUGCGUAUGAGACUGCGGCGCCGUUAAUUGAUUUACAAUCGUUGAUAACAUACAAGCGUGUGGCCAGAGUCGAGUGCUCGUUGUGUCUGAGUGCACCGCUUACGCUUGCAAUAUCGAGACGAAGUGCUCGAUGACUUUUUAACAAAAUGUAGUACUUCUACCUGUUGCGAUAUCUAGUGCGGGUUAGGCAGCUUUUAGGCUAGAAAUUCGUUUUUCGAGGGAGCAAUUGUGCAGCAGUUUUUCUAGGCAGUUGCCAUUGUCUCUACCUAAUC